AUGGAUAUGUAUUCAUUGUAUCACUCUAAUAUCGAGAAUCAACUAGCAAAAGAAUUAGGUUAUAUAACUAAAACACGAGAAGUUAACCAAAUUAAUGACGACGAUAAGAAUUAUUAUAAAGAAUGUAAUUACAAACUCUUCUUUUUUAUUAUCCAACUACAACAAAAAAUUAAAGACUUGGAAAAGGAAAACGAAAAGUUAAAAUACUUGUUGAAGAAAUAUAAUAGGGAAUCCAUUCAUAAUGACAACAAGACAAUAAAAAGGGCCUUGUUGGUAGUAAGCUUUGUAAUAUUUAUUAUAAUUUUCCUGUUAUUCUGA